CGUGUAUUAACCAGCCCACGGAAUCCUGUAGGUACGUCCGAAUACGUAGUACGAAGUAACUACGAAUACCUCGACUUCAGAACUGUACCUUACGAAGUGCCAUGUAUUUCGCAGACUUGGCAGGGCAGCAAGUCACCCCCCCGCAAAUCUCCAUACCAGCCAAGCCGCCGGUGGGAACGCGAAGGAAAGUAGACAGGGGAGAAAGUGAGAAAGGGAGGGAAAUGGUAGGUAUUGUAUUGUUGGCGACCCGCCCUCCUGUUUGUUCGUGAUAUCCAUA